CAAUGGAAAGCUGUGGUGAUAAGGUACACGGCUCACAGCCAAAGCAAUGUGUGUGUGUACUGUGGGUGGUGCCUGUCCACACAUUACGUCAUAGCCUACUGUACAGAGCAAUACGGCAGCAAACAAGUAUAUAAGAAGACUAUUACUUGAAUUGGUUUACAGAAGUUGAAAACCCUGGUUAAAAUUUUGAUAUUCUGAGAUCCUGCAUACAGUACAACAAUGCCUCCUCCCGGUGUGUGUAUGAGUAUAAUGCAGGAGCGCAACAAGCAAGAGGGUGUUGGGAGUCUUGCCAACCCAGAGAAACACAGCAACCAAGACUUUCAGCAGCUGACGCAAUACUGUUUGGCCAGGGGAGUGAGGUACAUCGAUGAGAUGUUCCCCCCAGACCAUAACUCCAUUGGUGAUGGGCUACUUACCCCUAAUGACAUGAGCAGAGUGGUGUGGUUGAGACCAGCGAAAAUGAUACAGAAUCCAGAUUUUAUCCUGGAUGGACUUUCAAGGUUUGACUUUGGGCAAGGAAUGGUUGGAGAUUGCUGGUUUCUUGCUUCCAUUGGGUCUUUGACGUUCCAGAAGGACAUCCUGGAACAAGUAGUACCCCUAAAUCAAAGCUUUAAAGAGGAUUACUGUGGAAUAUUCCACUUCAGGUUCUGGAGGUUUGGGAGGUGGGUGGACGUUGUGAUCGAUGACAAGCUACCAACAGUUGACGGCAAUCUCAUUUUCGUUCAUUCAAAAACUCCCAAUGAGUUUUGGCCCGCCUUGCUGGAGAAAGCCUACGCCAAGGUGUGUGGCUCCUACACAGACAUGAAUUUAGGGACCCCUUCAGAGGCUAUGAUGGACUUCACUGGCGGGGUUCACAUCACAUUCAAACUCACUGACGCUCCAUCAAAUCUGUGGGACCUGCUGUUCAGAGCUGUCCAAUCGAAAUCUCUGAUGGGGUGUAACACACCUAAAGGGGAAACAUCAGCGAACACGGUGGCACCCAACGGAUUAGUGAGGGGUCAUGCUUACACCGUCACAGGAGUUAAACAGAUCAUGAGCCAAGGCAGGCCAGUUAAUCUGAUCCGCCUCUUCAACCCCUGGGGCCGGGGAGAGUGGAAGGGAGACUGGAGCGAUAAGUCAUCCAUGUGGCAAACAGUGAGUCCUAAUGAUCGGAAGAUGUGUCUGUCAGUGAAAGAGGAUGGUGAAUUCUGGAUGACAAUGGAAGACUUCUGUAAGCACUUCACAGAUGUGACUAUCUGCUGUAUGUGCCCUGAUUUUCUUGACGGCAACUCUAAAGGUCUUUGGACACACUCCAUACAUGAUGGCAGAUGGGUUGCAGGAACCACUGCUGGUGGCUGCAUGAAUUUCCCAAACAGUUUCUGGACAAAUCCCCAGUAUCGGGUGAAGAUUGAGGGAUUAGACAGGGACUGCUCUGAGACACAGGGGGACAACAACACGUUGGUGUCUCUGAUGCAGAAGCCUGACAAGAGAAACAGACGCCUGGUCAAAAGUCUCUACAUCGGCAUCAACAUCUUCGAGGUGCCUUCCCAAUUCAAAGGACAGAGGGGGAAGUUUCCUGCCGACUUCUUCAACACCAAUGUGCCUGUCGCCCAAACCAAGAACCUCCUGAAUGCUCGAACAGUGGUGCUGCUCUCUAGGCUGAAACCUGGUGAAUACCUGAUUGUGCCAUCAUCCUUCAACCCAAACGAAACCGCCUCCUUCAUCCUGUCCAUUCUCUCCAAGGUGGAAACCCAAAUCCAUGAAAAUUCAAAUGACCAAGAUAUUGUGGAAAUCUCCAAGCCCAUGCCUACUCACAAUAGAGCAGAUAUGGACAGCAAACAAACUAUGUUUCGGCAAUAUUCUGAUCAGUUUGAGGAGGUGGAUGCUGAACAGCUUCAGAGGAUUUUAAAUGAAACUCUCCUCCAAGGAUAUGCAAAGAAAACACAAGGCUUCAGCUUGGAGUCCUGUCGCAGCAUGGUGGCCUUAAUGGAUACAUCAAUCACUGGAAAACUGAACAGUGCUGAAUUUCAACAUCUAUGGAGAAAAGUUACCGUGUACAAGGAUAUCUUCUUACGUUCAGAUGUGAACCAUUCUGGAAUGUUGUCAUUGAGUCAACUGAGGAACGCAGUCACUGCUUCAGGGGUCAGGCUGAGUGAUAGUCUGCUGAACCUCAUUGCUCUGCGCUACGGUGGAUCUUCUGGAAACAUCAGCCUGGAGAGUUUCAUCAGCCUCGUUCUACGCAUGGACCGCAUGGCUAAAAUAUUCAGACAACUCAACCAGGGAGGGGCCAUAUCUCUUCGAGACAAUGAGUGGAUGUACAUCACUAUGUAUGCAUAAACUGCAGACCAAAUAGGAUGGACAGAAGACCAUUAGAAUCGUAAGGUUUGAAAAAGUUCUACGGCAGUGCUUUGCUGGACAAAUCAAUAAACUUCUCAGCGACAUUUUCAGAGUAUUUCGUUGCACUUAAAAAACUUGAUAGAGUAUCUUGAUUAAUCCUACAUCACCUUCUUUGCACCAAUCCUCACGCUUGUCUUUUCUUACUAGCACUGACUUUGCUGAUAGCUACUUUUAGGAAGAAAUGUACUUAGGCUACUAUGACUGAUUUGUGGUUGUCUCACUUAGCCAUCAUAAGAUGGAUGCUAAAUGACUAAAAGCUGUCAUCAAGGCAAAGGGUGGCUACUUUGAAGAAUCUCAAAUAGAAAAUAUAUUUUGAUUUGUUUAACACUUUUUUGGGGUUACAACAUGAUCCCAUAUGUUAUUUCAUAGAAAAUAGUAGAAAUAAAGAAAAACCCUUGAAUUUGUGUUGAAACUUUUGACUUGUACUCAUAUAUAUAUAUAUAUAUACCAAAAAAUCUCACAAUGACAUAUUAAUUACAUUCAUUUGUUUCUAAAGUAACACAAUUCUAAAGAACAGAGUAAUGACUUACGUUGCUAUUUUAAACAGCUUUUAAAUACAUUGAACCAAAUACAGCCUAUUAAUACAGUAGCUGCAUACUGACAGAAAGCAUACCAACCUAUAGUAUAGGCCCUGCAUGAACCCAAUGCAUUUAGAAACUAGACCAUGUCCCGGCCAGUAGUAAUUCUGUUCAGGCUAGUAGAUUUUUGGCCCAGACGUGCCAGUGAUGAAAAAAGUUAACGUUGUAAACUAGCCUACGAAUAGGACCCAGAGUUUUACCUGAACAGAUCAUGAAAUCAGGAAAAACUUCAAGUAAAAAAUAUUUUCAAAUUCCUUAUUAAGCUAUAUAUAUAUAUAUAUAUAUAUAUAUAUCUCAGCAAUAGUUUAAUAGGAUGGCAUUGACUAGAAUACAGUAUAUACCUAUGAAAUUAGUAAAACAGUAUUUAAGCAUGAUUAAAAUGACCAGUGAUUCCAUGUCUAUGUACAUAGGUGCAGGGUUGAGUAACCAGGUGGUAGCCGACUAGUGAUAGUGACUAAAUUCAUGGCAUGGUACUGGGUGGAGGCCAGCUAGUGAUGGCUAUUUAACAGUCUUAUGAGUGAGCUGUUUUUCAGUCUCUCAGUCCCAGCUUUGUUGCACUUGUACUGACCUUGCCUUCUGAAUGAUAGUGGAGUGAACAGGCAGUGGCUCGGUUGGUUGAUGUCCUUGAUGAUCUUUUUGGCCUUCCUGUGACAGAGUUCUGUAGGUGUCCUGGAGGGCAGGCAAUGUGCCCCUCGGUGAUGUGUUGGGCAGACCGCACCACGGGUGAUGCAGUUGCCGUACCAGGCGGUGAUACAGCCCGACAGGAUGCUCUCAAUGGUUCAGCUGUUAAAGUUUGUGAGGGUCUUAGAGGCCACGCCGAAUUUUUACAGCCUCCUGAGGUUGAAGAGGAGCUGUUGUGAGUUCUUUCACCACACUGUCGGUUUGGGUGACCCAUUUCAGAUUGUCAGUGAUGUGUACGGUGAGGAACUUGAAGCUUUUCACCUUCUCCACUGCGGUCCCGUCGAUGUGGAUAGAGGGGUGCUCCCUCUGAUGUCUCCUGAUGUCCACAAUCAGUUUCUUUGUUUUGUUGACGUUGAGGGAGAGGUUAUUUUCCUGGCUCCACUUCGCCAGGGCCCUCACCUCCUCCCUGUAGGCUGUCUCGUCAUUGUUGGUAAUCAGGCCUACUACCAUUGUGUUGUCUGCAAACUUGAUGAUUGAGUUGGAGAAGUGAGUGGCUACGCAGUCAUGGGUUAACAGGGAGUACAGGAGGGGGCUGAGCAAGCACCCUUGUGGGGCCCCAGUGUUGAGGAUCAGCAUAGUGGAGUUGUUUCCUACCUUCACCACCUGGGGGCAGCCCGUCAGGAAGUCAGACCCAGGUCCCAGAGAUUAAUGAUGAGCUUGGAGAGUACUAUGGUGUUGAAGGCUGAGCUAUAGUCAAUAAACAGCAUUCUGACGUAGAUAUUCCUCUUGUCCAGAUGGGAAAGGGCAGUGGGCAGUGUGAUCACAUCGUCAGGAUCUAUUGGGGUGGUAUACAAAUCGAAGUGGGUCUAGGGUAUCAGGUGAGGUGAUAUGAUCUUUAACUAGCCUCUCAAAGCACUUUAUGAUGUCAGAAGUGAGUGCUACGGGGCAAUAGUCAUUUAGUUCAGUUACCUUCGGUUCAUUACUAACAGUAGUAUUUCCCCCUUAUUGCAACUAUCCUUCUGUUCUACAAAUUCACUACAACACUGCUAUAUUGCAGCCCAUUAGUACAAUAAAGUGAGAAUCCAUCCAUGAAUAUAUUCAAACAGUGCCUCAGAUUAGCUGCUUUGUGCAUGCAUGACUGGUGACUUGCCUCUGCUCCCACAGACACGUUUGUGUAAAAUCCCUUCUUCAUUGUUCAUUCCUCCUGCAGCCGUUGGAUAGGCCUGUAAUUUACUUUCACUUGCCCACUGUAAUGUACAAUUAGCCUACUGGUUAGGAUACUUAAUCUAUUGGGCCUGUAGAUUUAUAAUGGGCUGCAAUCUAGUGGGACGCUGUAGGUUUAUAAUGGGCUGCAAUCUGGUGGGCCUGUAGGUUUAUAAUGGGCUGCAAUCUAGUGGGCCUGUAGAUUUAUAAUGGGCUGCAAUCUAGUGGGCCUGUAGGUUUAUAAUGGCCUGCAAUCUGGUGGGCCUGUAGGUUUAUACUGGGCUGCAAUCUAGUGGGCCUGUAGAUUUAUAAUGGGCUGCAAUCUGGUGGGCCUGUAGGUUUAUAAUGGGCUGCAAUCUAGUGGGCCUGUAGGUUUAUAAUGGGCUGGUGUAGUUGCGAAUUUAGAGAGCAGCUUGACAUGGGACACACACACACACAGCCCCCGGUCAACAGGAUCCCAAUAUAAUUCGCUUAUUUCGCUGUGCCCAUGUAGUUCACUAGAAGAAUAGUUGCCUUAAGGGGGAAAUAAUACUGUUAGUAAGGAACCAUGGAUAACGUCAUUAAUAGUUGCCAUUAUACACAGAUUAGGUGUUCGCCUAGGCUACACAGCAGAAUGUUGUAGUGAAUUUAGAGGGCGGACUGACAGGGACCCCAGGUCUCUUCACAGUCAGUGACAGUGCCAACAGUUGUUUAUGCUUAAUGCUCCAUGGAAAACAGAAGAGUGUAAGACUAGUCUGAAACUGCCAGGGAAAUACUGGUGUGUGUGUGCAAGUCAUUAGAUUGAUAAGCUUGAGUGCACAGUGACGCCUGUUUGAAUUAGAUCAUUAGAUUGAUGGCCAUUUGUUUUGCCCUUACUUUUUACCGCCCACACACACACCUGCAUAUACACACACACACUCAACCCGUCUCUGUAUGUACUGUAUGUACUGUGGUUCCUGCUUCUGAAAAGACCCAAUCUGUGGCACAACCUCUUUCAGGUCCUAAUACUUACAUGGUUAUUGUGUGCUAAAAGAGAAAGUAUUUCCUUCUUACUAAAGCAAAUUCUAAAGUAUAGUUUCACCAGUCAUCUAACUCAGGCAUUUCAACGGUGGCGUGCACAGCGACAGGGAACCUAGAAGACAAAUCCCCUACUAUUAAUAUUGAAAUAUAACUGCGACUUUAUUCCCAAAAAUGUGACUAUUUUCAAAAUAAAAAUCUCAAAAUAUUGCCACUCAAAACAUUGACUUUAUUCCCAAAAAUGUUUUUAAACUUUAUUCUGGAAAUAUCUACUUUAUUCACAAAGAAUUUCUAGUUUUUAAAGUACUAUUCAUGCAAAAUAAAAAUCCAACUACCAUCACCCAUCAAUGUUUUUUUCUUUUCAUUUGUCCCUAAUACUCUUCCGUAGUGUUUGUUUACCUUGGUAGGGACUGAUCAGUUGGUAAUAUGUUGUAUUAGCGCUACGCUGUGAGCUAAAGGCAGUCUUGGUCAUAUCAUAUAGAGCACUCUUCUGCUCAGUGGAGCAAGAGGUCACAUCCAGGGAAUUGGUAUUUCUUAGAAGAUAAAUGAGAAACACAAACAUUUACACAAUUUAGUUGACAGGGAUAUAUGUUUGUCAAUUAGUUAUUGGCAUAUCUAGGAUCAUAUAGUAUAUAUAGGUUUACUCUUUAGCUACAAUAUUGUCUCAUUGUUAUCCAGGACUACUGUUUAGCUGAAAUAUUUUCUCAUUGUUAGCUAUGACUACAGGUUAGCUGGCGUAUUAUCUCAUUGUUGUCCAUGACUUGAUAAACAGAAAUGUGAAAUAAAUCAUUCGUGUUUUUUUUCCUAAGCAGGUCAGAUAUACUCACUUCAGGCAGUCUGAUGUAAUGUCUUCAGGAAGCUCACGUCCAGAGAACACAGACUAGAGUUUAUGGUCUUUAACUCAGAGCUCCCCAAGGAGUUAAGAACGUGUUCAAGUAUGUUGUGAUGACUGCCUUACUCUGAAUGCAUCCACAGAGAGAGAUACCUGUAUUAGAGUGAAGCAACAUAGAAAGAAAAGUAGAAAGUACAAAACAUCUCUUCCCCACAUAUACCUUCGCUGCUUCCCAUGAACCAUUACCGGAGUCCAUCAGUGCUGACAUGAACCAUCGUUGGAGUCCAUCAGUGCUGACAGUGUAGUGAUUUUGAUAGCUCUCCACUUUGUGAUGUCAUCAAGAGUGGCCACACGAGACACGGGCCCCAGCACCUGGAGCUGAUAGUCAACAAUGCCUGAUGAAGAAGCCUGUAGAACACGAUUUUGCACAGAUUAAUUCAUCCCCAAGUCAUUUUAAUUAAUGAAUCAAGGAGUCAGUUUAAAAACUGGACUGGUCUUCCCAGAGUAGAAACAUGCACGGCCAUAGUCAUAGUUUCCAUUCUGUUUCUAAGAGGCAAACGUCAAACGGCCAUAUUGAUAUCAUUAUUAGCUGGAUUAGUUUAGCUAAAAUCAUCAUCAUCCAAUUUUUCAGUGACCGUAUCAAGAUUGUCUCAAAACGUUGGUGUCCGGGCCAAGAUCAAACUGGGUCACGUCAUAACCGAAGGGGAACUAGGUGUCUGCGAUGGUCGACUGGGUGAUGUUGCCAGUGGUGCAUCCUGUUGAAAUGCAACCAAUGGUGAGAAAGAGAAGUCAUAGACACCCACCAGCACACAAGCAUGCUACCCAUGAAAAUCUCAUAGCUAAUGAUCAAUUAGUCUUUUAAAAGCUGUUUCUCCAAGAUGAUUAGGGCAUAGUGGGUUUACCUGCUCCUCGUUAGGAUCUCCGGAGUGAGUUGAGCUGCUUGAAUAGUCUCUUCAGCUUCCUCUUCAGGGUUCCCUUCUUCCUCAGCUGGCAUAUGAAGAACUUAAAUAAUUUUCUUUCCACCUCCUGUGAAUACCAAACCAAACAUUUUUUUUGUAUCAAUAGCUUGCACCCUUUUACAAAGUUAACAAGUGUAAACUUACUCUUGUGAACAGGCUUCAGAAGUUUUUGCGUCACAUACAAUGGUAGGGUUCCAAGGUCUUCCAAUGUUUGUUGAUAACAGUGUUUCUGAAAAGUUAAAGAUUGUAAAUUGUAUUCUUAUUGCAUGUACAAAUAAAGGUUAUUUACUUACC